CAUCUCACUCUUAUCCUCCACAAUCCACAACCUUAUUACCAUGGUGAUGUCGUUCUGAGCUCUCUUUCUGAAACUGAAGAGAAGGUAAAAAAGAGAAGAGAAUGAGAGAGAGGCACCAGAGUCCAGAAAUAUUUGAGCAGAACCUUAAAGAGAUGCAGUCUCUCCGCUCCUCCCCCUCUCCUGCUCAUGUUGUGUCUCCGGUUCCUGAGCUCCCGGAGCGGACCGGACCCCCCUCACCCAGCCCCCCCAAGGGGCCCCCGAGGGAUCUCGGGGCUCCCCGCACUCUCCGAUCGUCUCCCGGGGGAGACCCAAAGAGCCCGGAGCCAGUGGGGCAGUCCCCCCAGAGAGGAAGAAGCCCCAGCACCAGGGUCAGACACCCCAACAUCUUCAGAGACUCCCCAGACUCCGACAGCGGGGAAGAGCCCAGCAUCGGGGACACCGAGAACGGAGAGCACGGAGCCGCUGUCACGCCAACAUUCCGCUCCUUCAUCGACAUCGAUCCCGGAGACAGAGACACCCCGAUCCCAGACACCCCGACUAGUAACUCCCCUACAAGAGACGGAAGAGAUCCCAGCAGAGACUCCUCGGCGGAACCCCCGGGAAGGGACCCCACCGCAAGAGGCAGAGACCCCCCUGGCUCAGACAGAGACCCACCCGGCCGGCGGAUGGAAGAGACAUCGGGGAACGCGGUGAUCAUCAGGAUCGGCAUCCCGGACCUGCAGCAAACGAAGUGCCUCCGGCUGAACCCUGAUGCUCCAGUUUGGGUGUCCAAGCAGCGCAUCUUGUGCACCCUCAACCACAGCCUGAAGGACGUCCUGAAUUAUGGACUCUUCCAGCCAGCAUUUAAUGGUAGAGCUGGGAAAUUCCUUGAUGAAGAGCGACUGUUACGAGAAUAUCCUCCUUCUUUGGCCACACCUGUACCCUACCUGGAGUUCCGCUACAAGAGAAGAGUUUACACACAGACACUACUGGAUGACAAGCAGUUUGCCAAACUUCACACCAAAGGGAAUCUAAAGAAAUUCAUGGAGUACAUUCAGCUUCAAAAUAUUGAGAAGGUUACCAGGCUGCUUGAGAGGGGUCUGGAUCCCAACUACCAGGAUCCAGAUACAGGGGAGUGCCCACUUACCCUUGCUGCGCAGCUAGACGGAGGAGCAGAAUUAGUUAAAGUUCUGCGGAGUGGUGGUGCACACCUGGACUUUAGAACACGUGAGGGGCUGACGGCUCUGCACAAAGCGGUACGAUACCGCAACCAUGCCGUAUUAAUGACCCUUUUGGAUUUAGGUGCUUCUCCUGACUACAAGGACAGCCGUGGCUUAACCCCACUCUAUCACAGUGCAAUGGUAGGGGGAGACCCAUACUGUUGUGAGCUACUUCUCCGAGACUACGCUAACCUUGGCUGUGAAGAUGAAAAUGGAUGGCAGGAGAUCCACCAGGCGUGCCGGUACGGACAUGUUCAACAUCUCGAGCAUCUCCUCUUUUAUGGAGCUGACAUGAGAGCACAAAAUGCAUCGGGGAACAGUGCUCUGCACCUUUGUGCACUCUACAACCAGGAGAGCUGUGCACGGGUUCUUCUCUUCCGUGGAGCAAGUAAAGAGAUAAGAAACUUCAACAACCAAACAGCAUUUCAAGUUGCUAUUAUCGCAGGAAAUUUCGAACUUGCUGAAAUCAUCAAAACUCACAAAGAAUCCGACAUUGUGCCUUUUUCGGAGACUCCAAGUUAUACAAAACGCAGACGUGUUGUGAGCUGUGUGGGUCUCUCAUCUCCGCGUUUUCUACAGCGUUCCGCCAGUGACAACAACCUCAAUUCAGAUGGGGCUCAUUACUCUCCAGUGCCAUCGCUCCGUGGUCUACCCCCUCAGCUGCUCCUCCAGGGGCCUGACCCCUCCGGAGGAGCAGCUGUGGGGGAUAGCAGCCUUGCGAGCACUGCCAGCUCCCGCAGCACACACAGCCGCUCUCCAUCACUACAUCGUGCAAGAGAAGAGAGAGAUACUGACAGCCACACACUGCGGAGGGGAAGAGGAAAGAGCAGCCCUGGGCCCCUGGAUACGAGGAGCACCGGCCCUCGGGGGCCCAAAAGAAAACUGUACAGCGCGGUACCUGGGAGAACAUUCAUAGCAGUGAAGUCAUACGAGCCGCAAGGACCUGGAGAAAUUCAACUCAACAGAGGGGAAAGAGUAAAGGUGCUGAGUAUUGGUGAAGGCGGGUUUUGGGAAGGAUCAGUGAAGGGUCGGAGUGGAUGGUUUCCAGCAGACUGUGUGGAGGAAGUGCAGAUGAGGCAGCCAGAUCCACGUCAAGAAACUCGUGAAGAUCGGACAAAGCGUCUCUUCAGACAUUACACAGUUGGAUCCUAUGACUCUUUCACUUCACAUAGUGAUUAUGUCAUCCAGGAGAAAGUUGCUCGACUGCAAAAGAGGGAACUGGAAGGAUUUGGCUUUGUUUUAAGAGGAGCAAAAGCAGAGACACCGAUUGAGGAGUUUACACCUACACCAGCUUUCCCUGCUUUGCAAUAUCUGGAGUCUGUGGAUGUCGAUGGCGUAGCAUGGAGAGCAGGUCUUAGGACAGGAGACUUCUUGAUUGAGGUGAAUGGAGUAAAUGUCGUGAAGGUUGGUCAUAAACAAGUGGUAUCAUUGAUUCGCCAAGGGGGUGCUCAUCUAACCAUGAAGGUUGUAUCUGUGAGCCGCAAACCUGAGACUGAGGAGGCCAUGCGCAGGAGGGCUCCCCCACCUCCAAAAAGAGCACCAAGUACAACUCUUACCCUGCGAUCCAAGUCCAUGACAGCAGAGCUGGAGGAACUAGAACGAUUGGAUGAGAUUUUGGUGGCUUCUGAUCCCUCCAUGAGACCAGAAAUAGCUGAGGCUGACUCAAGAGCUGCUACAGUAAAACAACGGCCAACAAGUAGGCGCAUCACCCCAGCUGAGAUAAGUUCGCUGCUUGAGAGACAGGGUAUUUCUUCACAUGGAAUAUCUCGCGAAAAACCUCACAUUUCUCUCCAUCAUGGGAUGUCUCGGACAAAGUCUGUGGGUGAAGAUGAGAAACUGUCAGAUUCAUUACUUGAUGGACGAUUCCCACGCAGUACCUCCAUGCAGGAUUCUUUAAGAGAAGGUCCUGGAAUUCCGCCCCCUCCACAAAAAUCUGCUCCCCCACCCCCUUCCCCAUAUUACUUUGACACUGGGCCACCCCCAGCUUUUUCACCACCUCCUCCUCCUGGUAGGGGGUAUGAUACAGUGCAUUCCAGCUUUAAACCAGGUUUUGAAGCCAGACUCCAUGGGCUUCCACAUGGUAUGGGAUCUGCAGAGCUGUUAAGUAUGGAUCGUGCCCUUCCUCCUCCUGACCGGCAGAAACGUGCUCGUUCCAUGAUUAUUCUUCAAGAUACAUCUCACCUCCCUGUGGAACCUACAAGCAUUCCUCGACCUGGCCCCUCCCCAACACCUCCAGAAAAAUUAAAAAGAAGAAGUCGGGCUGUGGACAAUCCUUAUGCAAAUAUGGGUUUGUUCGCACCAAUGAAGCCACAGCGCAAAAAGAGUCCCCUUGUGAAACAGCUUCAAGUGGAGGAUGCACAGGAACGAGCUGCCUUAGCCAUGGCUGGGGUUUUUUCAAGGGAUCCCUCACCAUCUCGGCGCAGCCCACGACAGAGUAUGAUGGAGUUAGGAAGUGCACAUCACGAUCCAUUAGGUAGUCCUUUUGCAACAGCACUUGCCGGAGUAAUGAAGGAACGUGAGCGACGGCUGGAUGAGAAGCGUAAAUCCACAGUCUUCCUCUCGGUCGGAGCAUUGGAGGGGACACCCCCUUCUCCAGACCUCCCUUCUCUGCAACCUUCACGCUCUGUUGAUGAGCGAUUGUUGGGGAGCCGUGAUGUCCUCCUACCUUCUCCAGGUUCUUCACUUAAGUCUUUGAUGUACAGCAGUCCUCAUUCUACAUUCAUCCACCCCCUUACUGGUAAGCCCCUUGAUCCGAAUUCACCUCUUGCACUUGCGCUGGCCGCAAGAGAACGUGCACUUUCUGCCCAAGAACCCUCUCCUCCUCCACCAAGGACACCUACACCAGUAAGGAGCCCAGAUUCUGACAGAGCUCCUCCACUCUUUCUGGAAAUUCAAACCAAAGAGGGGGAGGUGGGAAUGGAGAUAGAAGGGUCAGCUUCACCAAUAUAUAGCCCUUCUGGGGCUUCUGUGAAAAGCCAGUGGGGUGUUCCAUUAAGAAGAGAUGGGGAGGGUCGUGCUGAGAAAAGCCCAGAACGACCUGAGAGCAGAGUGGAGGAAAGGAAACCUAUGAUUCUAAGCAUCGUUGACACAUCUCAGCAAAAAACAGCCGGGCUUAUAAUGGUGCAUGCUACCAGCAAUAGGACAGAAGAUAAAGAACAGGAGGCACCAGCUACCCCUGAUCAGCAAAAGGUCACACAGCCACAAGAUACUGAAGAGAAAGCUCCAUCAAGCUCUUCUUCUGAUAAAACUCUUGGUCAGGGAAGUUCAGAGGAGGAAGUGGAGCCUUUUGGGGCUAAUAAUCUGCCACCAGCCAUGCUGUCCUCAAGUGAUGAGGAAACAAGAGAAGAAUUAGCAAAAAUUGGGCUACUGCCUCCUCCUGAUGCGUUUGCAAAUGGAGUCCUGGUCACCAAACCUGGCACCCCCAUCAGCCAACUGACUCGGCCUGGUACUUUGGCUGUGCCAUCUGCCAAGCUAGCAAGUGGUGUAUCACCCUCAGGGAAGCCUUCUGAUGCCCCUCUCCCCCAUCCAGAGUCAGCUACUGACUCAGGUGUGGAGGAAGUGGACACCAGGAGCUCGAGUGACCACCAUCUGGAGACCACGAGCACCAUCUCUACUGUGUCCAGCAUGUCCACUCUAUCCUCAGAGAGCGGGGAGCCCACUGACACCUACACCUCAUAUGCUGACGGUCAAACUUUUAUACUCGAGAAGCCACCAGUGCCUCCAAAGCCCAAACUCAAGUCUCAACUGAUGAAGGGCACCGUGACCUUCAGGGACCCCCUGCUCAAGCAGUCCUCGGACAGUGAGCUUAUUGCCCAGCAGCAACUUGCAGCGGGCCGUCCGCGCUACCUCUUUCAGAGAAGAUCUAAGCUAUGGGGAGAUCCAAUUGAGAGUCGGCCUCUGUCACAUGGGGGCCCUGUGGAAAUAGAAAAGCCGUCUGUAAUUGGAGAGAUUAGUUCUCGACUUCAGCUGCUAAACAAGGACACACGGUCACUUGGGGAGGAGCCAUCAAUCCCGGGAAUGGACCCCGGAAAGAAAUCUCCAGUGGUGGCGGCUCGCUUGUUCAGCAGUCUUGGAGAGUUGCACACUAUUUCCCAACGCAGCUAUGGAACAUCCUACACCGUGCGCCCCGGGAGCCGACACCCCUUGACUCGCCGAGCACCCAGCCCUGUACCACCUUCAUCAGAGAGGGUGGAGCCCUUGGGUGGAGCACGUUCCUAUACGCUAACACCCCCCACCAUACUGAAGUCCUCCAGUCUCUCAAUUCCUCAUGAACCCAAGGAAGUGCGCUUUGUUGUAAGGAGUGUCAGUGCCCGGAGUCGUUCUCCUUCCCCAUCUUCUGGGCAUCCAAUGCACAGUUCUCGGCCAUUCCUGCAGAAGCCCCUUUCAAUGUGGAAUAAGUAUGAUGUAGGCGACUGGCUAGAGAGUUUGAACCUUUCAGAACACCGUCUUAAGUUCCAGGACAACGAAAUAGAGGGCUCCCAUCUACCUGCCCUUACCAAGGACGAUUUUGUAGAGCUGGGGGUAACCCGAGUGGGUCAUCGCAUGAACAUCGAGCGUGCCCUUCGCCAACUAAGCACCAGCUGACCCGGUCAGGAGCUGCGGUCCCAUCUCACGGGAGGGCAACUCCGCACCGCUGCGGGGGGAGGAAUUACUUUACUUGCACACAAAGACAGUCACUGCUCAGAAUACCUAAAACACACACCUAGUGAUGUACACAAAUCCAGACAAGUAGAGAAAACAGAUUGCCUUGAACAUACUGGAAUUGGUUCACACUGCUCAGAGCCUUCAAGUGGAACCAAUUGCUGUACACACUCACAUACCGUGACUAUAACUUGUGCUAGCUUAAUCACACUAAACCUGUCACAUGCAGACACGCUGACACUGACCCACACUGACACACAAGUGUUGACCCACACACUGACUGAAAGGAGACCAUGUACAUUAAGUGAUAAAUCAGAUGCAUAAUACUCUGAAAGUAUACAUCACAUGUAAUGCCACAGAAAUAAUCCUCUCCUUGUGCGGUGCAAUGGGGCCCAGUAAUUGAUCCCCCCCUCCCUCUUUCUGUGCCAAGGAGGGGAGGUGGGAUCAGUCACAGGGUCCCAAGGCCAGGCCACUGUGUGUUAAUGCCACCUUUUUAUACCUGAAUCAACAAAAGAAUCGCAGUCAGACAGUGAGACCAGUCUGCAGGGGAUCGGGGUUGAGCUGCACACCUCCCAUACCAAGAUCUGACUCAAGUCCUGGACAGAAAUCCAUGGAUUGGGCUGGAAGAGGCCGCAGAUUCCAGCCACCGCCACUGUGGGACGCUUUUUAUGCAUCUUUUUAAUUAGCUAUAUAUUUGAAGAAAAAAAAAAGGACUUUACCUAUAUAUAAAUAUAUCUCAUAUAAAUAUAUAUAUAUAUCUAUAUAUAUCUAUAUACACGACACCCUCUCACUGGACUUUUUAUAUACAGCAGAUCUGGGGGUAUAUAGAGGUAUAUGCAGAUACUGCAGUACCUCAUUCUGGGGUUUUGAAUUUUAUUUGGUUAUUUUUAAUUUCCUUUGGACGUUAUGAGUGUUUUUACAAUAAACCCCUCACCACGCCACCAGCAUUCUUUAGAAUGGAACAUGCAUCUCUACAUCCAAAUUCCAUCUUAAAAGAGGAGAUCAUAUUUGGGGUUGUGUUCACUGGUUUCUUACUUCAUUUCAAUGUCAUAUUUAUUUGCACAUGGGUAUUCAUUAAAGUUGGGCCAUUCAUUUAACAUCAUGGAAGAUUUGUCUUUAAGUCAUGACUAUAAUGUCUGAGUGUUCUGGGAUAUUUCUUAUUGUGUUAUUCUUGCUGAAUUUAAUCUUUCCUUUAAUGCGAUAUUCCACAGGGGUUACUUCUUAUUCUAGCAUUUGAGGUGAGUUUUUAUGGUUUCCUUUGUUUUUUCAUUGGUUGGACAUUUAGUUCAAAUUUUAGGGGUCACAUUUGAAUAUCUGGUUUUUAUUUACUUUGAAAGCAUAUUGAAUUAUUCCAGGGUUUUUGUCUAUUCAGGUGAUCAGAAUUAGCAAUUUUUCCUCACAUUGCUUUUUGUGGUUCAGCCGGAGAAAGAAUAGACCCCAUGUAAACCCUCUGUAAUGUUGUACAUAUCCCCUAAUUAAAUGCCACCAAGAAUCUCUCUCCCAGUUAAAUGGUGUCCCAGAAACAAACGGGCCACGGUGGAUAUAUUAAAGAUGUCCCUGUGUCCAUGGUCAAGUCUCUUCAGUACCUUUGUAUUGUUAUGAUUGAGGCCAUCGGUGAGAGAGGAGGGAGGAUCACGGAGCCGUCUGGGUCCUCUCAUGUACUGUGUCCCUGUGCACCUGAGGAUGGAUUACCCGAGGGUGACCAACCUGGAUCCGGUGUGCCUUAUUGCCAUGAUAAUCGCUUCAGGUCCCUAAUGGGGUGAAGCAGUGUAAUGUUAUCCCAUUUCCUGCAGUGCCUUAUCGCCAUUGUGGAGCUUAGACAAGACCCUCUGACUGUGCUACACUAGCAGCUGCCAAUACAGCAUUUAAAUAUACAGUCCCCAAGAUGGAGUUAUGGCUGCUGCUGCUGCUUUGACUGGAUUUCUACAGCCCGAUCCCUACACACCAAUGGAGCCUCAUGGACAGGGUUGUAUAUCCAGUUAACAGUUUGGCAGAGGGAUGUCAAGGAGCGAGGUUAUUAAGGCCACGAGCUUCUGCAAGGAGAGACAGGACACUAAAAAGUUCAGUUCAAUUGAAUUUCCCUUACUAAAAUAUUCAGGUAACAAAUAGUGGAUAAAAAAAUAAUUUGUUAGGCAAGUUCUGGAGGCCACUACAGAAAAAAAUUAAGUUGACCUGAUAUUUCUGGCAAAGAAGGAGGUUUCUUUUUAGAUGAAGUUAUAACUUUUGGUAUACCCAGCUCUCCUCUUUGCCACAUACAGUUACGUUUUGCAGCAUGCAGGAAUAUUAAAAAAUAAAUAAAUCAUAUGACAGAGAUGACCGUAGGAAAUAAUUUACAAUGUUUUUCCAAAAACUAGUAUACCACUUAAUCUUACCCAAUCAAAAACCUGUAGUAAAAGGAAAAAAGUGAAAAAUAUUAAGUAAAAAAAAUACCAUUCAAUACUAGUGAUGAAACAUUAAAGAAUCAUUUAUAAACAGACACUAAUGGAAUUGACUGAAAACAUAAGAGAAAGGAUGUGCCAAAUUGAAGAUAAAAUGUAAAAAAAAAAACAGUUUGCAUAUUUUUAUAUUUCUAUAUACUGCUUCUUUUUGUGUUGACCCCUGUUCCACACUGUGUAAAAUGUAUAUAGCCCUAUAUCUACUCUGUAAAAAGGAUCAAAAGCUUUCCCAUACACAUACUUUUUAUUUUGCUUUUACUAUUAAAGGCACCAUACCCCACUGUUACACAUUUUGUUGCUAGCAAAACCCAUGUCUUAAGAAUGUUUCACCAGAAAAAAAAAUCCUCUCUUCUUUUUCCGGCUUUGCCAAAGCUUGAAGGGGAGGGACCGAUGUUAAUGUCUGAUUGGGGAAUUGGGAUCCUGCCAUGGGGUAAAUAUCAUCUGGUGCUAAACAGAGAGGGUUGUGGUUUAAUCUACACCUCUCAUAUCUUAAUGUUUUUAAGGCUUUCAUAGAGUGUGUGUUUCCCACAGAGCAUUGCACAGCUACUGGGGCAGUUGUUCGAUGUAUUGACAGUGGACCUAGAGCAAUGAAGAAGUAGAUAAGGUUGUGACAAAAGAGUGUUCUGAAAGUUAGGAUUAGUUUGGCCACAAAAGCAAAGUACAAACUCUAUGUACAGGCUCUUGCUUCUCCAGAUUAUUUAACAUAUAUGGCUGCAUGGGAUGGAUAGCAUGAGCAUUACAUUAUGUUGUGGGACUUUCUGACCAAAGAAAACUAUUAGGACAUUGCUGCUAGCAUAGCCACAGGGCACAGUGGAAACUGGUAUACAGUUUUAUAUAUAUAUAUAAUAUAAGUGUUAUUUCUAUUUCUACAUGUCCUUUGGAAAACGUUGUGGCCAAUUAUUUCUGCCCACUGCACAUGCCACACAAAACUAUUCUCAGUAAAGUGUUAUCCAUGAGACCAUCUUGCAUUGACAAUGAGCACAACAACGUGAUUCUUUCAAAAACACAUAGCCCACCAUCAUCUAGUUUAUCUAAGGCAUUUCAAGAUCUUGUUUUGCAUUUUAUUAACUCUAUUCUCCAAAGCUAUGUGUCGUGGUGCCUAACUGUGCACCAUUGCAAUAUGGCAUUACCAAGUUACUAAAGAUGAAACUGUGAUACUUAUAUAGAUAGAGAUGGCCAUCUUACCAUGCAAUGCCAUUUUACAGAUAGUACAUAAUGAAGUUGAGAAACAUUUUUAUAAAUCCAGUGUAAAUAUGUCCAUGGUAGGACUUGCUGUGGAAUACAUAAGCUCUGGUGCAUGGAUUUGCCGGUGGACAGGCCUAAUUUAUACAGUUACUAUGAAAUGUCAUGGUCAUUCUUUGCAAAAACUAUACCUCUUGUUACAGAAUGUUUCUCCACAGUCUGUUUGUCUAGGUUUUUGCACCAGUCUGUAUCUCUAUGAACAUUUUUGAGAAACAAGUAUCAUAGGAAUAGUGAUGUUGUUCUUGCCCUAAACAAUAUAAAUCCUUUUAUGAUACAGUCAUUCCAAAUUGAAAAAUAAUCAUACCUUAAAAAAUCCCCUCUCCAGUGCUGAGGAAUGACUUCAAAAUGCAGGAGUGAAGUCCUGGGGGCGCAUAGUAGUUGCCCACUGGUGAUGCCUGCUGUGUGAAAAAAAUGGAGCCCGAUGUAUACUUACACUGGUAUUUUGUACUUGAACUUCCCUUAUUCUUUUUCUAGAGAUUAUAUUUUCCAUAUGUCAUUUAGUAAAAGCUUUCAGCCACUCUCUACUACCCACCCAUUCAAUAUAUCAGAAAUACCAACUUUAUUUAGAAUAAUUUCCUCCUAUGGUUUUGUAUUUUUAAGCUGUCCACAAAAUAAUGUAGGCAACAGUGAUGUAAGGUUGUGGCAUGUGAUACUCUCCAAGGAUAACUAGAAGCAUUUUACAGUGAGACAUUUGAAACAACUGAAAUGAAAGAACAGCCUGGUUCAAGGAGAUCUGCUCACAAAACUGUAGUAUGCUUUUAUGGAAAUUGGGAUCUUAGAUUGCACUGAUUUGCCCACUAGUUUGGCUUGCACUAUGGUUUUUAAACUAAUAAAAGCCAUUUCUUGGUUUGUCUUAUUGAUGUACUUUCAAACAGUUUCAUGGAAGUAAGGUGCUCAACCAUCCCUAGACAUUCACAUGGCUGCUAUACAGUCUUCACUUCUGCCCCUUUUGUGCUCAUGAUGGACAACUCCAUCCUGUGCAGUAUACAUUUAAUUUAUAUAUUGUAGAUGCCAAUGCAUCCACUACACACUACUAUGGGAAGAAUGCAUGGUUGUUUGGAGAAUAUUCUUGUAUCUAACACUGUUGUCUUUCCCUAAAUGCAGCUUAACAGAUUUAUUCAUUGUUUCUCAUGAAUAGUUUUGUGAAGAAAAACAGAUCAUUCUAACCAUAUUCUGUCACAUAUAUUGUAAUAAUAUAAUCAGCAAAUGCACUUAUAUAUGUCAGAAUCUAUGUUGAUUGCAUAGGAAAAAUACAUCAAUGUGUAAUAUAACAUGCACCUAAAAUACAUUACAAGUAAUAAAAUACAUUAAAAUUAAAGUGGCUUUCCCUAAACGGCAAUUUAUAAUCCAUCCAUCCUGCUAGACCCCCACCAAGAAUAGGGUUUCUGAAUUGACUGUCUUCAGCAAUCUCAUGGAGUUUGAAUGUAACAACAGUUUUCUUCUCGUGAUCGGUGGGGUCCCAGCAAUGUCACCCCCAUUGAUGAUACACUUCCUGUGGAUAGGUUAUAAGUUGUCCUCUUAGGAAAACCCCUUUAACAUUGUUGGAUAUAUGAAUGUUAAAUUUGUAUUGAUAAUACUUAGUUCUUAACUUGAUUUUGAAGUUACACUGUGAAAUUAAUAAAACAUUGGAUCAGUAUACAUGGAUACAUAUGUAGCAGGGCAUUUGAAUGCAAACCUGAGUUAAAGUGUACCUGUUUGUAGAGUUAUGUUAAUGAAACUGCAGGCUACUAGAAGGGAGGAAUAGACGUUAUAAAGCUGCCACCAGCUAGUCACAGUUUCUUUGCAGAUAGAAUGGCCAUUCUGCCCUGAUCGAUGUCCCGUCUGGCCUUUGAAGUGCUGAGGAAGUGAAUUGAGGCAUAGUCUGCAAGUAAACUAGGACCAGUCACCAUCGCAAAACCUCCCAGUUGACUACUUUAGAGUGAGGUGUCGGUUUUAUAACUUAAUUUCCUCCCUCCUGGUAGGAUGAGCAGUUUCAACAGGGUUACAUGCUUGUGGUUUAACAACCAAAACUCUACAGACAGGUUCACCGUUGGCCGCCUUCUAUUUAAUAGGUUGUAUCAAACUCAUCUAUGCUACAUCACAAAGCUUACUUCUGCUAUGGCCUGCUUGCAAAUAUAUGUAGGAACAAAGACUAUGAUGAAUAUAAAGUAAAUUACUGCUGUCAGUCAGAGAGAAAGAUGAUUUUAUUGGGCACAGGGUUAUUUCCUACAAGUGUUUCUUAUUUAUUUUCUUUGGGUUGGGGAGAGGGGUUAGUGAACUCUAUUUAACUUAACAUCUGAUGUUAUCAUAUUAAUGCCAGCACUGCAAGAAUGUUCUCCUUGUGAACGAUUUCAUUGACCCCGUUUAGUGUAAAAUGAAGGGCGACGAUAAUGUAGUGGGAUGCAUUGGCUCUGCAGUAAUGCCGUUUUCUUUAUAAAGGAUAAUUAGGACACAUUAUUGGAGGAUUUCAUCUAGAAGGUUAAAUGUGUUUGCCUGCUGGACUAAUGGCUGUAAGCUCAACAUCAUAUUGUAAAAUGCAUGUAGGAUUAGUCGAGGUUAACAUUGGUAAACAGAUUAGAGUGCUUCUUCAGAUGGCUAGCAUAGACUGCAUGUAAGGACCCCUGCUUCUAUUCUCUGAGAAAGGGUUAGGACUGAAAGGAUGUCUAGGGUUAUAUAGAUUCCUUUAUUCCUUUCUGUGUAGAUGCAGCAUAUUCCCAUUACAAUCUCAGUGUGUAUAGGGAAUGUCUGAUAAAUCUAAUGUAAAUCUUUCCUGGUAUGUUUCUGUGAGCAAUAAUCGACACCUGUGAAAGGUGCUAGUUGUGGGCUCUGGUGUUUUUUGGGAUUCCUAGGGUUUCUGCCGAUUGUAUCAUGAUGUAUGUCAGACCAGCCAGUGUAGGGAGCAUGGUAAACCAAAUUUUUACCUACUGCUUUUAUAAAGCCUCACACAUUUCCAAUAGUGCUCAUCGUACGCGUUGAUGCCAUCAGGAGUAGAAUAUGCUACAUCUACACUAAUAUACAAUUUGGACUACAUCUGGAUUUUAGUUUGAGGCUUUGUGUAAAAGUGUUCCAUCAAAAUACAUGCAGAUAAUAACACUUUGGGGUUUCCUUUUUAGGUGCUCAUUCUUAUUGCAGGGCUUGAAGGAACUGAAGAUGCACUAUCUAGGUUAAGAGAGGGGUUUGGGAAAUUUUCCUUGAUGUUUGUGUUGGCAUCAGGUAGUCUUUAUUUUGGUGGUGAUAUUAAGGGCGGGGUGUCUGGGUUUCUUCUCUUACCCCUGCAUAGGGUGUUACUUGGUGUGCUGGAUGACAUAAUAAAUUUAUAACAAAUUCAA